GGUUCCGAGAACUAGGGUUUCUGCAUCCUUUACCCGCAUUCUUCCUUCCCCUCAAACUCCAGCCCCGGUUCUUACAUUCUCCCAAUCAAUCCCUUUCCAGCCAUGGAUACCCAGCCGUUCCCUCUUGAAUCCGCUCCUGGAUCCGAAACUGUGCUUGAAUCGGAGCUGAAGAAGCAAAAACGCGAGGGAGCCGGUGAGAGCAAAGACGACGAGGUCGACGAUGAAGGGGAGGACGACGAGGAUGUCGAGAUAGAAAUCGUGGAAGAGGAGGAUGAUGGCACGGUCCGCGAAGUGUUUGUUCAGGCGCCGUCAGAGCCUUUGAUCUGGUAUCCCAAAGACAAGGCCGGGCAGGAGAAGUUAAAGCUCUUCUAUGAUACGAUUCUGAAAAGCGAGGGAUUUGAUGUGGGCGAAGAACUUCCUCCUGUGGACAUCAUUGAAUUCGGCGUUCUGCCAGUCAACUUGGAAUCUAAGCGGCAUGGCAACAAUGUCAAGGAGUGUGUGGAUUUCGUGAUUAGGCAACACAAUGAAGACCACAAGGGGGAAUCCGUGCUGAAAGUUGUUAAGAUCGUGAAGGCGAAUUGGGGCCAGUGCUCUGGCAAGAACUACUACAUCACCUUCGAGGCUGCUGACCUGCUGUCGUCUUCCGAUCAUGCUGCUACGAGAACCUAUGAAGCUGAGGUUUAUCGGAACAUUCGUGGCAAACUAUCGACGACACUGUUCCGAGAGAAAGGUCAGAAACAGAGCAUUCGAGAAAUGGAAGGCCGCCCACGCACCUGCAUGUAAUGAAUGGGAGGAAGGAAGGGAGGGAGGUUUAGAGAGUUUAAAGGAAAUGCACAUUCUGCCAAAAAUGUCAAAGGCGAAAAAAAUGCCAUGCAAUGCACAUUCUGCCGGCCAUGAUUUUAUAAGUGUCUAAUGAGCGAUUCUGAAAAUAUAUUAUCGAGUAUUUAUUCAAAAA